UCUUUAUUCCUUUUCUUGAGGAUUUGGGGAGAGUUACUAUACAUCUAUGUUGUCUUGGCAGGCUUAUGCAAAGUAUGUUACAUCUAUGUUGUCUUGGCAGGCUUAUGCAAAGUAUGUUACAUCUAUGUUGUCUUGGCAGGCUUAUGCAAAGUAUGUUACAUCUAUGUUGUCUUGGCAGGCUUAUGCAAAGUAUGUUACAUCUAUGUUGUCUUGGCAGGCUUAUGCAAAGUAUGUUACAUCUAUGUUGUCUUGGCAGGCUUAUGCAAAGUAUGUUACAUCUAUGUUGUCUUGGCAGGCUUAUGCAAAGUAUGUUACAUCUAUGUUGUCUUGGCAGGCUUAUGCAAAGUAUGUUACAUCUAUGUUGUCUUGGCAGGCUUAUGCAAAGUAUGUUACAUCUAUGUUGUCUUGGCAGGCUUAUGCAAAGUAUGUUACAUCUAUGUUGUCUUGGCAGGCUUAUGCAAAGUAUGUUACAUCUAUGUUGUCUUGGCAGGCUUAUGCAAAGUAUGUUACAUCUAUGUUGUCUUGGCAGGCUUAUGCAAAGUAUGUUACAUCUAUGUUGUCUUGGCAGGCUUAUGCAAAGUAUGUUACAUCUAUGUUGUCUUGGCAGGCUUAUGCAAAGUAUGUUCCAAAAUUGUCAAUGUUUCUUUUUAGUAUAGUCAUCUAGUAUCCAAGAAACCCUUUUGGGUUUCUCUGAUAUUGUCAAAGUAGAUUAAACCUUUAUCAUAAAUCAUUACUGAAAUGAAUGAUUCAACAAUUACAUCUUAGUGGAUGCCAUGUAUGUACAAGUCAUCCUCUUUAGCUAAGAGCUUGAUCCAAGUGCUUGAACUGAAAUACUCAAUUUUUUACAACAAAUUGCAUAUU